AUGGCUCUCCCGGCUUGGGGCAUACUUAAAGGCAAAACAGCAGCCAUCACAGGUGGCACCACUGGCAUUGGCCGUGCUAUUGCUCUUGAAUAUAUUCGUCAGGGAUGCAAUGUCGCGAUUAACCAUCUCGGUCUACAAAAAGACGAGUCGCUCCGUCACAGCUUGCUUCAAGAAGUGGAAUCCCUACAGAAGCAGGGGAAGGGAGCAGGCAGUGUGCUAGAAAUUGCCGGCGAUGUCACUGUCCCAGAAACAAGUGACUCAUUGAUUCAAGAGGCGGUGCGACGCUGGGGGAAAUUGGAUAUUUUUGUGGCCAAUGCGGGUGUUUUCAAACAGGCCGAAUUCCUAAAGAUUGAACCAGCGUUGCUCGGCCACAGCCUCGAUGUCAAUGUGAAAGGCACCUUUUAUUCGUGCCAAGCUGCAGCUCGCCAAAUGGUCAAACAGGGCCAUGGAGGUUCCAUUAUCGGAGUAUCCUCAGUUAGUGCCUUAGUCGGAGGCGGCCUUCAAACACACUACACGCCAACCAAAGCAGCAGUUCUUUCACUUAUGCAAUCAAUGGCCAUAUCACUAGGGAAGGACAAGAUUCGUUGCAACGCGUUGCUUCCAGGGACAAUCAACACCCAGCUCGCAGACCAUGAUAUGAAAAAUCCAACAAAAAAGGCAUAUCUGGAAGCAAGGGUUCCCCUGGGCCGUAUUGGAAGACCAGAAGAUAUGGCAGGACCAGCAAUCUUCUUGGCCUCUGAAGAAAUGAGCCCAUAUGUGAAUGGAGCACCACUCUUGUCAGACGGUGGGAUGUUUAGUAAUUUACAGUGA